UGGCACAUCAGACUUAGAUAACAGUAUGCUGCUGAUUCAGAGUAACCACUUCUCACGCUCCUCUCCUCUUGUUUGCAGCUGCUUGUGUCAAAGAUGUGUACUGGAAAGUGUGCUCGUCUAAUAGGGCUCACUUUGAUCCCAAUGAGUUUUGCAUGUAUAAUAUCCAACCUACUUUUAUUAUUUCCAGAUGGAAAAAAGCUGCCCUAUGAUCAAAUAACAAUACAAGCCUGGCUCAUGGGGGGAAUCAUCGGCGGUGGUUUAUUUAUCCUGUGUCCAGGCUGUUCAGCUAUUAGAGCAGGUGGCAAAGGUUGCUGUGGAGCAGGCUGUUGUGGAAAUCGAUGCCGGAUGCUGAACUCUGUGUUCUCCUCUGCCUUUGGUGUGGUGGGAGGUUUGUACUGCCUGUCUGUGGCAUCAUCAGGACUCAAUGAUGGCCCCAAAUGCAAGACUACUGAAAACACAUGGGAGUACCCCUUUUCUGGAAACAACAGCUACUUGUUCAACAAGGACAUGUGGAAAUCAUGUAUAGAGCCCAAUAACAUUGUCCUUUGGAACAUCGUUCUCUUUUCCAUUCUGCUUAUUCUUGGAAUUAUGGAAGUGGUGCUGUGUGGCAUUCAGGUUAUCAACGGAUGUUUUGGCUGUGUGUGCGGGGACUGCCGCAAGAGAGGUCAAGAUGAUGAUGAUGGCUUAUGAACACUUCUGAGACAAUCUGAUUUUAUUAUCUUCUCCUCCCAUUUUCAACUAUUAUGCACAACAUUUUACUGUGCGUUACUAUGCAGGAUGACAUGAUGUAAAAAGCAGCCUAUCCAGAUGCAUCCAUCUCAAAGUUGAUGUUUGUGCAAAGUCUUGAGAUAUCAAGUCACAGCAACUUCAAGUAAAUCUUCAUAAAGAUGUGAAAACUAACACUCCAAAAUAUCUGUAAUGCUUACCAAAGAAUGUAACAAAACAUCUUAAUGAGAAGUGGCCAUUCAGUCCGGUACAGUCUGUCCUUUCCUUUUCAUGUCCUUAUGUGCAGCAACAGAAUUUCUAAAGCAGCCCUUCUCAUUGUUCAGUAUUCUUGACCCACUAUUCUCGAUUUCUGGCGUGCCUGCCAAACUCAUGUCAUUCCAACAUUCAAACCCAAACUCAGAACUUCUCUAUUGUAUCCUGAAAUGAAAAUUCUUUACUCCAUGUCACUGAUUUUUCUCCGUUCACUGUUUCCUUACAGUUUGAUGACAGUGAAUCAAUUCUUAAAGAAGACAUUGCUUCAUUUUGUACUGUGAUAUUAAUUACUGUUUAAAUGGCUUUGUAAAAGAGGAAUAGAGUUAUGUAGAGUUAUGUAUGACACCUGAGGUGGUGAGCUGACAUACCCCUGCCAUUCUCUAUCUUCAUUUUCUCUUGUCCUCAAGAUAUCUGUUGUCAAGGGACAAACAGUGGACCCCAGUCCUGUGAAGGCAAACUGUGCCUGAGGAUUUGAGGGGAAGGGGUAGCAAUUACAUUUCUAAAGAAGCUCACUUUCCAAAAGUCACAUUGAACCAAAAACUGUCUUGAAGCAAAGAUACAAAAGGUCUUUAAGAGUCGGAGUGCCAAGCCUCCAUCUGCUUGAUAUGCUAAGGCUCACAUUUUCUGUGAGUCAGGCAGGCAGGCAGACGAGCAGAUUCAGCCUUUUCCAUUAGGGUUGUGGAGGCCGCGACCAAAAACUCACCUUAAAUACAAAAUAUGCAAUAAUUGGUUUAAUUUCUCUAGCACUGCAUUCUGGGAUUGUUUCAGAUGACAAAAUGGAAAAGACUUCAGGUUUUAAGAAAACUGAAACCCCCUAAUAUUACCAGUUCCGUAUCCUCAAAGUCACUUGAACCUCUUCAGUCACAGUGUUGUGUAUCAGGUUGAUUGUUAAUUUCUUUUCAUGUCUUAUUUUUUUAAUGAGAGCAAUGUUUAUGUUUCUAAUAAUAUAUGUACUGCACUAUUUCUCUAAAUAAAUAUGAGCACCUUUCAAAUAAUAA